GAUGCUGACCACAUUAGUUUUAAUGGACUCACCUAGCUGAAGGUGUUCAGUGAUACAUCCGCACCAGAUCACGAGUAGGAACGCCAUGCUCAACAUUCCCUGCAAUUGCCAACCAGAUUAGACCACACGAUCCUCGAUAUAUUGAUAGCCUAUCAAAUAUAUCUUCGAGCCUACUCGCUUCUGUCCAUUGAUUUCACUUGGCGUUGUCAAACUCCGAAUGCUUGUGACAUCUUUAUUGGUGAACCCAACGUGAUCUGGUACACCUGAUUGCAAACUGAUUCACGCGACUCUAAACGACCGCCUAUCACUCACAACCUAACAGAUUUGUACGAAGAUUUUAUCAGCAGCGAAAAGCUUCACUAUCAGCUGCAAAUGUUUCACAGUGCACCCGUCUAAUUGGACAUUCGCAAUGCAGUGAAAGCCGACAUUUGAUACACUGAGGCUCAACUCAUUUAUGGAACGACACUCCGACUUCCAGGAGAAUUCGUGGUUCCCUCGUCUUCUUCAAGGAAAGUGGACCUAAAUUUUCACACGAGCAGGCUUACAAAUGCAAUGCGUUCACUUAAACCUGCUUUCACUCGACCGCAAUCAAUUGAUAUUUUCGUUCAACCUGUUCUACGACACAGUUCACAUGUCUCUGUGUGUUGCGACUCACUUCGACGACUUCUCGAAACGACGUACGAAGGACCCUCCAAAGUUCUUCGGCGUUAACCUACGUGCUGUAUUAUCGAUAAGAACAGAAAUAGUAGUAGCAUCAGCAUCGAUUGACUCAAAGCCGAUUUUCGCCCGGUACAAUCGGAAGACACGAGUCUGACAACUACGAUACCUCGCUCGAUAAUGAACAGUCACGAUGACACUUUGGUGAUACCUGACAAACGACCGAAAUCAAAGGAUUCUGGAAGAAGAUUAUGUUUUGAAAAACACGCAAACGACUACUGCAUGUCAGACACUACGUAACACUUUCUUUAACCUCGAUCUUUUUGUAUGUAUUACUAUGUGCGUAUUCGAUAUUUGGUGACGUAGAUUUUGGAAAGAGAUAAUCCAUAAUAAUUUCCGGUGGUUUUUGGAGUUAAUAUUGUUAUUAGCGGUAAAAUUGGCAAUUUCUUUAGAACAGUUGAAGUUAUUAUUAAAAAGCAGCAGAUGUUAGCUGCUGAACAGCAACUUCUGGAAACAUUUUUGGAGAGACUAUUUAUCCCAGAACAUAGGGAAAAUAAAGAAUCUAUUUAUGAUGCCGAUAAUAGUCCAGUAACGGUCAUUUUAGAAGCAUGCCCCGUGGGGGUUUGAAUCCUUUUAUACCUGAAACAGGAUGUAAUAUAGGUAAAUUGUCCGGCUCACAGCAAGACGAUAUUUUGCUAAAUGCAUAUAAAGUUGUGACAACACCAGAUGAUCAAGGAACAGAUCCUGUAAAUAAAAUCCUGAGUCCAGAAUCAAAUAAACCACUAUUGGCCCUGUCUAACUCUGAAAAGAAACUCCAUCUACAACAAAAUGAUGGCUCAGGUGAUACUAGUCAAGAAGGCUGUGAAAGCGCAUAUCUAGAAAAUAACUGGGACAGUACAAUAAACCUAGUUGUACUAAAAGCUACUCAAAAUCAUUGGAAGACAGAAGCUUUUAAUGAACCGAAUUCGUAUCCGACUUCACAUGUCCAUUUACUAGAUAUGACUUCUCAUAAUAAUGCACAUAAUUUUUGUGAAAUUUCUUGUAAAAAUGAGGAUAUAUCGGCCGAACCAAAUUAUGACCAAAAGUUUUAUCCAAUUUUGCUAGAUGUUGAUUUUCCUAGUGACCUAGUAUCAACUAAUCAGAUUCGUAAUGAGUUUGAAGAAAUUUUCCAGAAGAACCAAAUCCUGAUUACCUGAAAUCAAAUAACCAUUUCGCCAUUUCUACUGGAUUCCCCAUUCAAUGCGAGAAACAUGAUUUAAAUAAAGUCAUUAAUUGUAACUUGGAAAUAUGAGGAACCAACAUUAUUCCAAGGAAUAGGAUAUUGUCGGACAGUUUAGAGUUACACGAAUUUUUAAAAAUCAGGAUUUCAACUUCGGAUCUUAAAAAAAUAGAAGUGUUAUGUCCUAGCAAAGAUUAAAUUGUGAGUAACUUCUGAGACCUAUUAAUUGACUAAUAUGAUCUAUAUAUACUUAUGGUGUAACUAUUCAGUAAUUGAACUAUGUUUAUUUACAGUUCCCUUAUUAUGAGCUUCGUCUUGAUCUAUAAUUUAUUAUUAUACGGUUUGCUGUUCUUAAAUUAUGCUGAAUUUAUGAGUAACUAUCACCCACGUUCACAGCCACAUUUUGGCUUAAUUGUGUGUAAACGUUAUUUCCUAUUUUAUGGUGCGUUGUGGUCUGUUUGGUAUGUAUAUAAACCCAGUAUUUCUGAAAUAAAUGAUUCGCA